AGGCUCCGGUAGCCCUGCGUGUACAGUCCUUCUCUUCGCUUUCGCUUUUGCAUCAACAAGACUCGACGUCUCCAUAUCCAAUCCCUCUCUCCAACCUCAAAAAUGGCCAUGUUCCUUCGCUCCGCGGCCCUCUGCGCUGCCCUCGCUGCUGCGGCUCCCGUCUCUGCCCCUUCGCAGGCCCUCUCCGUCCCUACCGGCCUGCCCACUGCUUUCCCUACUGGUGGUGCUGGCGGCAGCUUCCCUACUCCUGCGGCCGGCGGCCCUGGCGGCUUCGGUGGUGCUUUCACCCCCGGCGCUGAGGGUAGCUUCCCUACUCCCCCGGCUGGCGGCUUCGGCGGCCCCGGCGGUGCCUUCACCCCCGGCGCUGAGGGUAGCUUCCCCACGCCCCCUGCCGGUGGCUUCCCCGGCGGUGAUGUGAGCGGCUUCCCCACCAACUUCCCUACGCCCUCUGGUGGCUUCCCUGGCGGCGAGGCCGGCGGCGCUGCCCCCACUGGUGCCCCCUCUGCCGAUACCAAGCAGAAGCGCCAGGAGGCCUCCGGCGCUGCUCCCUCUGGCGCUGCCCCCUCCGGCUUCGGCGGUGCUGAGGGUAGCUUCCCUACCCCCCCUGCCGGCGGUUUCGGUGGCCAGCAGACUCCCGGCGCCGGCGGCGCUUUCCCUACUCCCGGCGCUGAGGGUCCCGGCGGUGCUGGUGGCUUCGGCGGCUUCGGUGGCCAGCAGACUCCCGGUGCUGGUGGCGCUUUCCCUACUCCCGGCGCUGAGGGCCCCGGCGGUGCUGGUGGUAGCUUCCCUACUCCCGGUGCUGGCGGUGCUUUCCCCACCCCUGGCGCUGGCGGCUUCGGCGGUCCUGGCGGCUUCGGUGGCCAGCAGACUCCCGGCGCUGGCGGUGCUUUCCCCACCCCUGGUGCUGGCGGCCCCGGUGGUGCUGGCGGUAGCUUCCCUACCCCCUCCGGCUCGUUCUCUUUCCCCGCCCUCCCCACCGACCUGCCCGCCGGUUUCGCUGGUGACCAGGCCAGCGGCGCUGCCGCUGUUGCUACUGCUGCGGCUGGCGCGGCCAAGGAGAUCGGCAGCGAUGCCCACAAGCGUCAGCUCGGUGACCUGCCUUCCGGCCUUGCCGGUGCUAUCCCCACUCCUCCUUCCGGUGGUGCCUUCCCCAGCGGUGCUUUCCCUAGUGGCGCUAUCCCCACUCCUCCCGCUGGCGGUGCCUUCCCUUCUGGCGCUAUCCCUACUCCUCCCGCUGGUGGUGACUUCACUGGUCUUCCUUCCGGCGCUGGCGGCAGCUUCCCCACUCCCGCGGCUGGUGGCUUCGGUGGCCUCGGUGGCUUCGGCCAGUAAAUUCGCAAAGCAUUACAGUACUUUUGACAAUGCACGGGGGGUGAUGUGGUUAUGAAGGAAGGACUUCCUUGGCUCGACAAGAUGGAUUGAUUGGAGACUUACCUACUGCUGUGUUUCAUUGCUUUCGUUUCUUUGUAGUGCGAUGCGCGCGCGCUUGCGGGUGGCGCAUCGUGUAGGAAUGGAAAUUUCAAAUAUCUCGUGUAUUCGGAUCUUUUAAGUGUUUUGUGUUUAAGUGUUUGUGAAGAGUGAUUGGGGCACUGGCUUCUGCGUGGUGGUCUGUUUAGGCUAAAUGUAAAAU